AUGGCAUCUGCUGACUCCAAAGCUCCUUUCUCUCUAGACUCCUACUAUGUCUCUGAGGAACUCGGUUUCAUCCUUCCAGAGCCUCUGGAAGAGCUUCCACCUUACUACCAGGAAUGGAUGGAUAUAGCACUGCGGAUCCCAGAGCUUGUGCAGUCUCACGAGUUGCGCUCCCACGUUAACAAGAUGCCACUGCUGAGCAGCGAGUUUCUGCAGAAGCACCGAGAGUUGCGGCUGGCCCACGUGGCCCUUAGCAUGAUGGCCAUGGCCUAUGUCUGGCAGGAGGGAGAGAAAGACACAGUUGAGAUGCUGCCACGUAGCCUGGCUGUUCCAUUCUGGGAGGUGUCACAGCGUUUGGGAUUUCCCCCAAUCUUCACCCAUGCAGAUGGAGUACUGGCUAACUGGAAGAAGAAAGAUCCAAAGGGUCCUUUUGAUAUGGACAACCUGGAGUUGCUGGUCAGCAUCCCAGGUGGAGAAAGUGUCCGAGGUUUCUUCUUGGUCACUCUUCUGGUGGAGCUGGCAGCAGCUCCUGCACUGAGGAACAUUCCCACUGUGAUCAAUGGUGUCAGGUCUGGUGACACAGAGGCAGUGGCCAGAGCCCUGGAGGGCAUCAGCCAGUCGAUGCAGGACAUGACCGAUGCACUCAAACUGAUGCAAGUGUACGUAGAACCUGCAGUCUUCUAUGGCAAGAUGAGGAUCUACCUGUCUGGGUGGAGAGACAACCCUUGUAUGCCAAAUGGGCUGAUAUAUGAAGGGGUCCAGACAGAGCCGAUGGAGUAUUCAGGAGGGAGUGCUGCACAAAGCAGUCUGCUGCACUGCUUUGAUGAACUUUUGGGAGUCAAACAUGAAGGAAACAGUGCUUCCUUUCUAAUCCGCAUGAGGAACUACAUGGUACCUGCUCACAAGCGGCUGAUCCAGGACAUCUCUUUGCAGCCCUCCCUAAGGAGUUUUGUCGAGCAGCAGGCCUGCGAGCGUCUAAACCAGGCCUUUCAUCAGUGUGUCACAAAACUGACGGCUUUGCGCAGCUACCACAUCAAUGUUGUCAGCCGCUUCAUCACCGUCCCUGCUGCCCGAGCCCGACAACUCCGUAACCAGAGCCAGAGCUCGUCGGAGAUGGUCAGCGAAGCGCCCACAGCGCUGGAGGAGAGAGGCACCGGUGGCUCUAGCAUCAUAACCUUCCUAAAAACUGUGAGGGAUGAAACAAAAGAUGCUUUACUGCCUGAGACAAGCUAAGAAAUAAAACACCGCAGCUGAUGUGGACUGUCAUCACUGAGCAUACGUAGCGGAGCUUCGAGUACGUCUCGUAAAACAGCCAGUAAAUCAACUCUAAUUACUUUACACACUAUUUUAUAUCCCAUUAAAAGGAUGACUUUUGGCAGGAUGAGGGGCCUCUGUUGUUUGUCCUACAUGUAGCUUUGUUGUGUCUGUAAAUAAACCUCAGUUUAAAACA